AUGGCAGCCCUCAACGGCGCAGUGGAGAACGGGCAGCCCGACAAGAAAGUGCCUCCGCUGCCGCGGCCCCUGCGCAGCCUGGAGGUGAAAUACACCAAGAUAUUUAUUAACAACGAAUGGCACGAGUCUACAAGUGGAAAGAAGUUCCCCACCUACAACCCUUCAACUCUGGAGAAAAUCUGUGACAUUGAGGAAGGAGAUAAGCCUGAUGUGGACAAUGCAGUGGAGGCAGCGAAGGCAGCGUUCCAGAGGGGCUCUCCAUGGAGACAGAUGGAUGCCCCAAGCAGAGGACGACUCCUGCACAAGCUGGCUGAUCUCCUGGAGAGGGACAGAGUCAUCCUGGCAACUCUGGAAACAAUGGACACAGGAAAACCUUUCCUGCAGGCUUAUUUCAUUGACCUGGAAGGCUGCAUCAAAACCCUGCGGUACUACGCUGGAUGGGCUGAUAAAAUUCAGGGCAGAACUAUUCCAGUGGAUGAGAAUUUUGUCUGUUUCACCCGGCACGAGCCCAUGGGUGUCUGUGGAGCCAUAACCCCAUGGAACUUCCCCCUGCUGAUGCUGGUCUGGAAGAUGGCACCAGCUCUGUGCUGUGGGAACACCCUGGUCGUUAAGCCAGCUGAACAAACUCCGCUCACGGCGCUCUACAUUGGCUCUCUGAUCAAGGAGGUGGGUUUCCCUCCAGGUGUGGUGAACAUUGUGCCAGGCUAUGGCCCCACAGCUGGAGCUGCAAUUUCUACCCAUGACAGCAUUGAUAAAAUUGCUUUUACUGGAUCAACCAAGGUUGGAAAACUGAUCAAAGAAGCUGCUUCUAAGAGCAACCUCAAAAGGGUGACGUUGGAGCUGGGAGGGAAGAACCCCUGCAUUGUGUGUGCAGAUGCAGACUUGGACUUGGCAGUGGAAUGUGCCCACCAAGGCGUGUUCUUCAACCAGGGGCAGUGCUGCACGGCCGCCUCCCGCGUCUUCGUGGAGGAGCAGAUCUACUCCGAGUUCGUCAAGCGCAGCGUGGAGUUUGCCAAGAAGAGACUGGUUGGAGACCCCUUUGAUGCCAGAACUGAACAAGGGCCCCAGAUUGACCAAAAACAGUUUGAUAAAAUCCUGGAGCUGAUAGAAAGUGGGAAGAAAGAAGGGGCUAAGCUGGAGUGUGGAGGUCUUGCCAUCGAAGACAGAGGCCUGUUUAUAAAACCUACAGUGUUUUCAGAGGUCACUGACAACAUGAGAAUUGCCAAAGAGGAGAUUUUUGGGCCAGUUCAGCCAAUUAUGAAGUUCAAGAGUAUAGAAGAAGUGAUAAGAAGAGCCAACAGCACCGAGUACGGACUCACAGCUGCAGUGUUCACCAAGAACCUGGACAGAGCUUUAACCCUGGCUUCAGCUCUGCAGUCAGGAACAGUCUGGAUCAACUGUUACAAUGCGCUCUAUGCUCAGGCUCCUUUUGGUGGCUUUAAAAUGUCAGGCAAUGGCAGAGAACUUGGGGAGUAUGCUUUGGCAGAAUACACCGAGGUGAAAACAGUCACCAUCAAACUGUCCCAGAAGAGUCCAUGAGAGCAGGAGGCCUGAAA